CGGGAUGUGAACUGCAAUGAGAAAGUGAAAGUGUGUCGCUUAAGAAAUAUCGGCUGCUGGGCAAAACAACGGUGUUCUGUGACAAUGUCCGUCAGGCCAUCAAGUUUGCUUCUCUGGCGAUGAUGUCGUGCUAAUGAACCAACAACUAUGCUGACGAAGGAGUGUUGCCCUCAGUGUGACCGCGAGGCGGACUCCAGUCGUCUUCGCCUCGUGCAAGACUCGUGCGGGCACAAAAAGUGUCGUGAGUGUCUGCUGAGCGACGAGGCGGGCUGCUUGUUGUGUUCCUCCUCCUACCCACCUGAACCUGAACCUGAGUACAUAGAGUUGAGGCCGGCUGGUGGCGUAGUCCUAAGUGCCUCUGUAUCCACCGACCCAAAUUCCAAUAGUGAAACUGAUGCGAAGUGGGACGAUGCAGUGCAAAGUGCUGUCAUUAGAACUGAAGUCUCCAGCGCAUCAGCAGUACCUGACAACGUGCCAAAGUUGCCACUUUGUUCAGGCUCCAGCUCUGGCAAGAAUGUGGUCGAUGGGGAGUCAGAGUCAGCAGAAACUCCAAGCGAGAUGCCUGUAGUUGUAAACAAGAAUGUGGAAAAGAGGGCAUCACCCUUUGGCUUAAAGGACCAUAUUACUUUCACUCCAGGAGAUCCUCCCACAUACUUCUGCAAAAAAUGUGAAAAGUCUUACAACAAUCGAAAAGCAGCAAGAUACCAUAAUUAUUGUGGAGCUUCUGACAAGGAGAAACCACACACAUGUGAGGAAUGUGGUCAAGGCUUUGUAACGAAAGCGCAUUUGGAAUACCAUGAAAAGUCUCACACAGGAUUACUUCCAUUUACAUGCAAAUCAUGUGGCAAAGGAUUCAAACAGCUGUCCAAGCUAAAUCGUCAUUUAAAAUCACAUGAAGGACCACUUGAGAAACCUUUUAGGUGUGAUCUAUGUGAAAAGUCUUUCAGUAGCAAACAAAAUUUGAAAGACCACAUUUUACUGCAUUCCAAGGAUCAUUUUGUGUCUUGUCCAGUUUGCAACAAGAAACUAAGCAGUCAAUCUUGCCUCCGGAAGCACAAAAAGUUACAUGCAGAUCCAGUACAUAAAUGUAAGGAUUGUGGAAAGAAAUUUCCUGUGAAAUGGACCCUGGAGGUUCACAUGAAGACACAUCAAAGAGACCGCAAAUUUAAAUGUAAAAUUUGCAACAGAGCAUUCAAAAUACAAAGUGAUUUGAAAAGGCACGCCCUUGUACAUCAAGAAGAUGGAGAGUGGGAAUGUAAAGUAUGUCUUCUUAUAUUUCGUCGAAGGGAUAAUCUUGUGCGACAUCUUAAAAAUAUACACCCUGAAUCACCAUUGAUUAUAUCAACUAAACAAAGCACUGACAAAGAUAGAGAUGAAAAUAUGGAUGAGCCUGAGAGGAAUGAUGAAAACUCUAGUGGGAAUUCUAAUGGGGUGUCUGCUACUAAUGCUGUUAGUGUGAUCCGAGGGCCAGUGAUUCAGCGAGUUGAGUCAUCAUCUGUUAGCUGUAACCAAUUGGAAAAUAGACCAGGAUCUGCUGUUGAUAUCCAGGAUAAAGAAUGGAGUGUAGAUCUCAACUUUGGUAACCAUCCCAGUGGUGCCAUAAGCCAAUAUAUCCAGGAGAAAGAUUGGGAUCUAAACUUUACGUUAGAUAACAAUCCCUGUGGUGAAAUUCACCCGUCCAGUUCUUAGAGAUGGACCAGAACUUUCAGCGAGAGAGUGUUGUUUGCCAUUCAGAUGCAAGAGGUGUUGUCCACUAUGGCAGCUCAUCCCUUGAGACCAUUAAUGAUUCAAAGCUCCAAGCAGAUAAUUCAUUAAUGGAAGUGCCUAGCAAUUGUGAUCAACUCCAAGUGUAUGAAUCAAAUCCUAGUACAACACAUAAUGAAAAUUAUCUUCUACUAAAUAGCCCUGUACAAAGGCCUAGGGUAAUAGUAGCCAAAGAAGAAAAAUGUCUGUGAUUUUUGACUUUGUGUCUUUUAUCUUAACAUUGACUUAUUGCUUGCAAUGAAAUAAUCUUCUAAAAAAAAAA